AUGUCCACGAUGGUAUGCAGCAAGCAGAUUUCCAGAUUCUCGGCGGCAGAUUUCCAAGAUGUGGCCCAAGGAUCCUCCGUCCAUGUCAGCAAUAAUGGCUUGCAAGUCGACCACCGCCUGAGGUUUCUCUCACGGACGAGGGUUUCCCUUCUGGAAGAGGUGGAAAGAGGAGACCGGGCGCUUUCACGUCGUCACUGUGACAGCCGUGGUACUGACUUCAGCUGGGCGCGCCACAUGUGCAGGGGCAAGGGCUCAAGCAAGAGUACGCAGGCAAGACGUCUGCUUCUCGCAGGCGAACGGGGUAAUUUUGGCAUCCCGAGUACAUCCAACCGCCGCCAUGGCUGCAGUCCCUGGGCCGUUGGCUGCAAAGACCAGGGUGUCAAUGCCAAAGAAAGAAAGGCAAUCAAUAUGUUAUGUGCGAGUGCACUCUUGGCUGCCUCUCUCGUAUCUCUCUCGCAUCUCACAGGCUGGGUCUUCGUCAUCCACAAUCCUCUCGUUCCUGUCGAUUUUCUGUGA